CGCUCUCUAGGGCACGCGUGUUCCCCACACGGACCCGCACCCGCGCCCGGAGCCAUGGGGGUGCUGAUGUCAAGGCGGCAGACGGUGGAGAAGGUGCAGAAGGUCAGCUUAGCCGUGUCAGCCUUUAAAGACGGGCUGAAAGACCAGCCGUCGGCGCGGCGGCGCGCGGAGGCCGAGGGCGCGCGCCGGGGCACGCUGGAGCAGGCGGUGCAGGAGGGCGAGGACGAGGCAGCCGCAGGGCCCUCGCAGCCGCAGGAGAGCGGCGCCAGCAAGGCCGCAUGGGAACGGCUGCGGGACGGCCGCGGAGUGGAGCCGGAGGAGCUGGAGCGGGCUAACAGGUUCACGCCGCCCGCCUUCAUCCGGCCCACGCGGGAGCUGCACGACGACGAGCCUCUCGACAUCAGCCUGGAGCACCGGGAGCAGGUUGUCAACGAUGAGAUGUGUGAGAUCUGUGAGGUGUGGACAGCCGAGAGCCUCUUCCCUUGCCGCAUCUGCAGCCGGGUGUACCACGACGGCUGCCUGCGCCGCAUGGGCUACCUGCAGAACGACAGCGCCGUGGAGGUGACAGAGACCGCGCACACCGAGACGGGCUGGAGCUGCAACUACUGUGACAACCUCAACCUCCUGCUGACAGAGGAAGAGAUGUACAGCCUGAUGGAGACCUUGCGGCAGUGCAAGAUCAUUCCAGACACCUGCCUGACUCUGGAUGACUUCCUGCACUACAAGCACCUGGUGCACAAGCAGCAGUUCGAGAAGCCCAUGGCAGAGGCCCAGGAGGAGCAGGCUACCCUGCAGUUCUCCGCCCUGGACCCCGAGAAGAAGGGGCACAUCGAGUGGCCGGACUUCCUCUCCCACGAGUCCAUCCAGCUGCUGCAGAAGCUCCGGCCACAGAACUCCCUGCUGCGGCUGCUGACGGCCAAGGAGCGGGAGCGGGCGCGCGCGGCCUUCCUGGCCCUCGACCAGGACGGCGACGGCUUCAUCGCGGAGAGCGAGUGCCGCAAGGCCCGGCACGCCUGGUUCCGCAAGCACCAGAAGGAAACGCCGUCCUGCAACGUCAGCAUCAGCCACGUGGGACCCAUGUCCGAGAGCAGCCCUGCCAGCAGCGGCAGCAGCAAGAGCCAGGAGAAGACCCUGCUGGCCACGGAGCAGGAGGAGGCCAGGCCUGUCGACUGGCGCGGCUUCCUGCGCGACAACGUCGCCUACAUCCUGGCCGCGCGCCCCAACAGCGCCGCCGUGCACCUGAAGCCGCCGGCGUAGCGCC